AUGUCACUAACCGACAUUCCGGACCUCGCCAUUACCACGAUUCUUGAAAAAUUGGAUUUCAGAUCAAUACUAAAUCUUCGAAAUGUUUGUCACGGCUCACGAAAACACAUUGAAAAUACUAUUCCUCCAUUGUGGAUAAGUAGAAUCAAGAUUACCGUAGCAACGGAUAAAAUUGACUUACAUCUGGAAGAUGUUGGAUCUAGCAACUACAGUAUCAGAUAUCUAGAAGAAGGGGUCGAAACCUUUUGGGAUGAUUUCCAGCGUCUUUUGAAACAUCAGAAAAGCUCUCUGAACUAUUUCAAUCUGGUUUUACAUUUUCAAGCGGACGAGAAAUUGAAAGAGAAAACUAUCUUGGAUAAAGUGUAUUCUGAAUUCUUGCAACGGCUUCAAAGCCUUUUAAAAUCUCAAAAACAUCCACUUAAAGUCCAAAAACGCUGUUUAAUUGUUGGAGAUCAAAACGAAAUUAUGUCGAUUCUUCCAUAUCUCGAUUCAAAAGAAUUGGAGAGUCUCCAAGAAUCCCCGAAUCUCCAAACUUUUGAUCUUCACUUUGAGCCAGAUCACAGUUCACUCGUACUACGAAGAAUGAUCAGAAAUGUGUUCAGAGAGGCAUAUGUUGAUGAAACAUCUCUAACAGAUUGGUAUUCCCGGAUCCCUGACUCUCCAGAAUAUAUUCUGUCGGCUAGAUCCAGUUAUUUCUCAUGGAUCACUUUUUCUCGGUCUAAAAUGUAA